AGGGAGACUGUGGACUGGGACCAGUUGAUUCCAUUCGAUUAUCUUAAAGGAAUGCGGCUCUUGGAUUUUAAUCGGAACCAGGGGGGAUUCCUCGGGAUGCGAUGGGCUGGUGUGCAGGUGAGCUAACGUGAGAACCAGCUCCGGUGCGACCGCUCAUGGGAACCGAGUGACAAGACCGUGCCCCCAUUUUUUACAUUUCCCCAGUUUGAACUCCGGGACACUGGAGCAUGCCGAGGGCCAGCAUGACCGCGGCGCGAGGAGCCCACUCGCCCGGUGUCUCGCCUAAGCAGAACGGACUCACGGCGCCGAGCCCCGCGGACAAGCCCGGCGACAACUUUCCCCAUCCCUCGGCGGGGAGCGCACCCGAGGACGCCCCGCUGUCCUCCGCCGGCGAGCUGACCCAGACCUGGGUCCACUUCGCCAAGACCUUCGUUCUGAUCUUCCCCAUUUACGCACUGGGAUAUUUUGAGUUCAGCUUCAGCUGGCUGCUGAUCGGACUUGUUGUGUUUUUCUGGUGGCGGAGGAACACGGGGGGGAAACUCGGCCGACUCAACCGGGCUCUGGCUUUCUUCGAUCAGGAGGAGAGAGGUGUCAAUCCGAGCCUGACGACCUCUGAUUUACCACCAUGGGUGCACUUCCCAGACGUGGAGCGAGUGGAGUGGCUGAACAAGACGGUGAAGCAGAUGUGGCCCUACAUCUGCCAGUUCGUGGAGAAGCUGUUCCGCGAGACGAUCGAGCCGGCGGUGAAGGAGUCCAACGCCCACCUCAGCACCUUCUGCUUCAGCAAAAUCGACAUGGGAGAAAAACCAGUGAGGGUCAACGGGGUCAAGGUUUACACAGAGAAUGUGGAUAAGCGACAGAUCAUCAUGGAUCUACAGAUAAGCUUUGUUGGCAACACGGAGAUAGAUGUGGACAUCAAACGUUACUACUGCAAAGCCGGAAUCAAGAGCAUCCAGAUCCACGGCGUGUUGAGGGUGGUGUUGGAGCCGUUGCUGGGUGACAUGCCGCUCGUCGGAGCUCUGUCCCUGUUCUUUCUCAAGAAACCACUUCUGGAUAUAAACUGGACCGGCCUCAGUAAUCUACUGGAUAUUCCAGGGCUCAAUGGCCUCUCCGACAGUCUCAUUCAAGAUAUAAUCUACAGUUAUUUAGUUUUACCCAACCGUGUCACCAUCCCUCUGGUCGGGGACGUGGAACUGGCCAAGCUGCGCUUCCCCAUGCCAAAGGGAGUCCUGAGGAUCCACUUCUUGGAGGCUCAGGAUCUGGAAGGCAAGGAUCAAUUUCUGGGAGGGCUGAUCAAGGGCAAGUCGGACCCGUACGGCAUCUUGCAGAUCGGCAACCAGCUGUUCCAGAGCAAAACGGUGAAGGAGUGCCUCCAUCCCAAGUGGAAUGAAGUUUACGAGGCCCUGGUGUACGAGCACACUGGUCAGCAUCUUGAGAUCGAGCUGUUUGAUGAAGAUCCAGACAAAGACGACUUCCUGGGAAGCCUCAUGAUCGAUAUGACUGAGCUGCACAAAGAACAGAAGGUUGAUGAGUGGUUUGACCUGGAAGAAGCUCCCACAGGGAAGCUCCACUUGAAACUCGAGUGGCUGUCUCUGCUCUCCACUACUGAGAAGUUGGACCAGGUGUUGCGGAGUGUGCGGGCAGACAGAAGCCUGGCCAAUGACGGGCUGUCAUCAGCGCUGCUAGUGGUCUAUCUGGACUCGGCAAAGAACCUGCCAAGUGUCUUCACCGGCAGCUUAGGCUGUGGGAACUUGAGUGAGAGGAGAGCGUCUGGCCUCGUCUUUUGCGAGAGCAAUACUUCGGCGUAUAGAACAAUAUUCUCUGGGAAGAAGAGCAGCGCCGAGCCCAGCCCGUACGUCCAGUUCACCGUCGGACACAAGUCUCUGGAGAGCAAGAUCCGCUACAAGACCAAGGAACCUCUGUGGGAAGAUUGUUUCUCAUUCCUCGUCCACAAUCCCAGGAGGCAGGAGCUGGAGGUGGAGGUUAAGGAUGAAAAGCACAAAUGCACGCUGGGUAACUUGACGGUGCCUUUGAGCAGCCUCCUGGUGGAGGAGGACAUGACGCUGACUCAGUGCUUUUCUCUCAGGAACUCGGGGCCCAGCUCCACCAUCAAACUGAAAAUGGCUCUGAGGAUCCUGUCCCUUGAGAAACAGGUUUCCUCCGACCAGCCUUCCUCCGUCCAGGUGAGGAAAUCCAGCGCCCCCCAGCCGCAGCCCCAGCCCCAGGCGACCACAGCCCCCAUCAAAAGACGCUCGGCCUCAGACUCCCCGCUGCCGCCGCCCACACCUCCCCCUCCCCAUAUCAACACUUCCACCCUCACCCUGCAGCACAGGGACGGCGAGCCGUACGCCGCCAGCCCUCGUCGCAGCGUCUCCAACCUGAGCAGCUGCAUGUCCAGUUCCCAGAAACACCUGUCUCACAAGGAGUCCACGCCGAGCCUGGCCUCGGACAUCUCUCUGCCCUUCGCCACGUUGGAGCUGCAGCAACGGCUUCGUCAGCUGCAGAACGGCUCAGCCGUUGGCCAGCACCCGCUGGGUGAGGUCCAGCUGACUGUUCGACACAGCUCCCAGAGGAACAAGCUGAUUGUGGUGGUGCACGCCUGCCGUAACUUGAUAGCCUUCACCAAAGACGGCUCCGAUCCCUUAAUCCGUCUCUAUCUGCUGCCCGACAAGAGCCGGACAGGGAGGAGGAAGACCAGCACGAUGAAGAGGACCCUUAACCCAGUUUACGAUCAAACGUUUGAGUUUAGUGUAUCUAUGGUGGAGCUGCACAGGAGAACUCUGGAUAUCGCGGUGAAGAACGGAGGAAGCAUCCUGUCCAAACACAAAGGGCUCUUAGGAAAGGUGUUGGUGGAUUUAAGUGGCGAGGAUAUAGCAAGAGGAUGGACGCAAUGGUAUAGUUUAAGUGAAGACGGAUCUUCAUCCCAAGGUCCAACAAGCAUUCAAGACUCACUCCUCUCAUUGUGAAACCAUCUGCUGUAAUAUAGUGACCUUGUUAAUCCAAGGGCACAUUAUUUCCAUGUUUAUUUUUCAUAUCAUUUACAGGAAGUAUUUCAGCAUGUUUGUUUAUGAACAUUUCCUGUCUUAUUAUUAAUAUUUCAUUAGUGAUGAUUUGAAGAUAUUUUCACACAUUGUAUUGAAACUCACGAACUGACACGUCUCUGUUGUCAGUGUUUUAUGUAAAUAUGAAGUUGCUUAUUCAGUUCCCGGGACUCGAAGGGGUUUUCAUAACGUUAUGUUUCCUUGAAGGAAAUGAUGUGGAAAUCCGUCAGAACUGUUUUGGGCUUUUUGUCCGUAGAUUUAUUUAAAUGGGACAAACUUGUCGUGUGAGAAAACUCUUUCCAAAGGAACAGAAUCAAUCACAAAAGUAGCAGUUUUGACUUUUAUAUAUAUAUUUUUUGUCAUGAAGUGUUAUUUGAUUGUUUAUCUCUUCUUCGUCUUUAUGCUUGAUUACAAACAUGGAAUGCAGAUAUGCAAAGAAUAUUUAAAAAAAAAGAUUGCUCUGUGAUUUUAAGAGGACGUUGUGCAAUACUGGUUGUUUGAGAUACUGAGGAGCUGGAGGCAUCUUAGGGCUAUGAACAAGUGCUGUAUAAUAUAAAUGAAGGAUACUUGAAUAAUACUUUGAUUGUUGUUCAAACCAAAUGAGCAAACUGAGACAACGAUUUUCAUUUUCUGAGCAGGGCUGCCGGAUGUAAAUGUUUUGCCACGCAGUUGUAACUGUUUGUUGGAGCGUUUAAAUCUUUUCUUGUUAUCUAUCCUGUGCCUUAAAAACCCAGUAUGUAAUUUUUUGGCCUUCUUAAUUUCAUUAUUCUGAAUGACUGAUGCCUCGUGUCUUUUAAAGAAUAAACCGUUUCUCUUC